AUGUCAGAUGAUACAAUAGAAGAGUCCACAUCAAGUUCGGUCUUUGAUUACAGGCAAGUGAAGAAAAUCGACAACCGCAAGAAAAAGCUGACAAAGACAUUUAAAUCACUCAGGAUGGAUCCGCCGGAUGAUGGCAUGUCCGACAUCUCAUCCGACGGCCAAACAGGAACUCUAAAGCCGAGCAUGACCAGUAAGAUGCCCGGCCCUAAGAUGGGGCUUGGAAACUAUAGAUUGAAGUCGGGCGCCGAGAAUGACGUGAAGAAAAUGCUCAGGAUGGAUCCGCCGGAUGAUGGCAUGUCCGACUUCUCGUCCGACAGCCAAACAGGAGCUCUAAAGCCGAGCAUGACCAGUAAGAUGCCCGGCCCUAAGAUGGGGCUUGGAAACUAUAGAUUGAAGUCGGGCGCCGAGAAUGACGUGAAGAAAAUGCUCAGGAUGGAUCCGCCGGAUGAUGGCAUGUCCGACUUCUCGUCCGACAGCCAAACAGGAGCUCUAAAGCCGAGCAUGACCAGUAAGAUGCCCGGCCCUAAGAUGGGGCUUGGAAACUAUAGAUUGAAGUCGGGCGCCGAGAAUGACGUGAAGAAAAUGCUCAGGAUGGAUCCGCCGGAUGAUGGCAUGUCCGACUUCUCGUCCGACGGCCAAACAGGAACUCUAAAGCCGAGCAUGACCAGUAAGAUGCCCGGCCCUAAGAUGGGGCUUGGAAACUAUAGAUGGAAGUCGGGCGCCGGGAAUGACGUGAAGAAAAUGCUGCAGAAGGCUGUGUCUACCUCACAAGAUGAUUUCAGUGAUCUAUUAUCACCUGAUCUCCAGGUUUCAACCCCUCAAUCUGACAGUCGGAGCAAGACUGAUGCAUCCGAUACUAUUGGUAGUGGUUCACCUCGUCAGGUUAGCGGAAGCGACGAAACAAAGGUGGACAUCGUUUCCAGUAUCACUGUUAUUACUGAUACAUCUGAAUUAUUGGUUGAACCUUCCACCAGAAGUUCACCUAUUACGUUGAGUGUUGACGAUAUGUCGGAGAAGAAAUAUAUAGUUGAAACAAAUGAUUCAAAAAUCACUUCCAGUGACUUACAAAGUUUGUCUUCAUCUACUAGUACUGAAAAUAGUGGGAGUGUUCUAACGUCGCCAGAGGAACUAGAUGUUGACACCGCCCAUUCCAGCGAGCUAAGAAGCGAGUUACAAAGCAGUGUUUUCAGUUCAGAGAUGAUAUCAGGAACAUCAGAAGAAGAUGUGGUGUUGCCUUCUACUGUAAUGAGUGUUUCCUCCACGAGUAUGGUCAGCACCUCUAGUGAAAAUGAAGAAUUAAGUGAGAACGUCGAGAUGCCAUCUUCUGAUGUUCCUACAUUGUCUUCCAGUUUAAGCACAGCAUCAGGGAGCGGCACGUCAUCUUCCAAGAGGUCCGGCAUAGAUCAUCUAGAUCUCCCUGCGGUGCUCAGAACAGAAGAACAAUCAACUACAGACUUAGCAGAUGAUGUCCCUGUGCAUCUAAGUAACAUCAACAUCACAGAGGCAUUACUCAGAAGUGACCCGUCACCGACUGAUUUCGAAGAUAGUGACACUCUGACAUCGUCCUCAGAUGAACAUAUCCCACCUAGCGAAUCUCCUACAGAAGAGGAGAGUCUUGAAGAACCAAUAGAAGAACUACCAGACAACAUAAUAGAUACGAUUAAAGUACAGGAAGUGCCGUUGAGAGAAAACGUGCAGAGUGGAUACUUGCCAGUGCUAACAGAAGACGAGAACGAAGAAUCAAGUGAUGACAUUAACACAGAUGUAGAAGACGAGGAAAGUAACGCCAUAGCUGCAUUGGAAACAGAAGACGAAAUAAUACAAGAAACAAGUACAGUACAACAACCAACUUCCAUGAAAAGCAGCAGUGAAUCAUUAGCUUCAUAUGAUGGCAAACCAUCAUCGGAUGAAUGUGCAGACCGUUUGUUUAUGGUCGACAUAAACAUGCAUGAAAUGGUUUUUGAAGAUAUUUCAAUCACGAAUGACGCGUCGGUUUCGUCUGUAGAAUCUGAACACCUGCCCACGAUUGUGACAGAGCCUCCAUCUUUAAAAUCAAGCGGGGAUAUAGAAAUUGAAUCUGUGAUGGAAACCGAUGAGUUUACUUUAGCUAACAUUGCACAUGAUAUAGCCCAUUUUGUCACAUUGAAUGCAGUAGCCAGAGCUUUCACCGAGAUUUUAGUCAAUGUCGCCAUCGCCAGGUUGACGGAGGAGCAAGAUUUAUCAUUUCAGAUGGAGAAAGCCCUGUUUCCAGGAAUUGCAGAGGAAGACAGGGAUAAGCCAACUCAUAUGCAUUGGAUCUCGCCACCGCGCUACAGCCACGGGAGGUAUGCUCACUCCAAAUCUGCGGACGGUAGACGAUUUGGCGAUUAUGAAUCGCAACAGUCAUGCAAAUGUACCGUUAGAGACGAAGAGGAAGAGCCAUUCUUUCUUUGUCUGGAACGAGCUUUCUUUCCAUGCCUUGCAGAAGAUGAUGAUGACACCAGUAUCAGGAGACCAUCCAGCCUGCCAGAGUCGGGUCACCACCCCUUACUCGAAAUGAGCGUGAUAGCAAACGUAGACAAAAGGGACAAGAAAACCCAACCAUGCAAGUUGAUUGAAUUUAUCACCACGGCGUCACAUGUAUCCACGAUUGCAGUUGAAACAAUUAGUCAGUGGUGGAGCGUCGUGACUUGUGUUUCUUGGACAGCCUGGACUUACAUCCGUGAAACCUUUGACGUGAAGAAUGUGAAAAGAAAUGAUAAGAGUACACAGUACGACGAGGAUGGCAUCGAUAGGUCUCAAGAUGAAGGGAUGCCUGGAUUGGUGAAAAGAGAUGAAAUGGGCUUACACAUCCAUGCUUCGAGAAUCGUAACUUCUGCAGUAACAUCAGCAGUUUUGGGAAAAGAGUAUGAAGUCUUGCCUGACCAAAAGUCGGAUGAAGAUUACCAUUUUAGACUGUCAGCAUCACCUGUUGUAGAGGAAGUCGUUGCAAACGCACUUUCCACUCAUUCGAUGUCUUCUGAAAGGGAUAGCCAACUUGACGAGGAUGCUGUAUCUGCUUGUAGUCUGAGUGACAUUCCGCUAUCAAGCAUCACGUUCAUGAGACAACAGCUUAUGGAUAUGAGAGAAAUCUUUCAAGCUACCGUCGCUGGGACCAAAGGUGAAAUUAACUCAACACCUCCCGUUCCGCCGAUUUCACCUGAAGAUGAAGAGCUUUUCAGUUCCCUUCAGAUACCAGAUGCUUAUCUCUUGGAAAGUGAAGAUGAAAUCAAGGUAGUUUCCGAGUCUGCUAGUUCCCCAGACGAAGAGCAAAUGCGGGAAAUAGCAGCCGCCUGUGCAGGAAUAAUCGCUGAUAUUCACCAUAGUAAUGUGGACGAUGAGAAACCUCUAAUUCCAUCCCCUAAAUCAGAAGAUUCGCACACAGUCAGCACUUCUGACAGUUAUAAUAACAGUAAUGAGAAUAUUGACAAAGACUCGAAACCGACAAUUGGGUUAGAAUUGCGUACAAUCAGUAAUACUGAUACUGAUAAUGUGUUUAAAGACCUGAGGCCGAAUUCGUGUAAACAAGAGAAGUUGGGCGAGAAAAGUAGUGGACAUGAAUCUAUAAUUGUCGAUUUAGCAACGCAGACUAGAACAGAUGAAAUCGACAUACAUGACGGCGCUGUAACACAAAAUGAGAGUGAUGUAUUAUUACCGAACAUUUCUCAAUCUAAGGAGCAAGAGGAAGAAAGUAUGGAUGCCAGCGACAUGCAAGAAGAUGAAUACAGUUCAACCAGUUCAUCGGUCCUUAGUCUCUCUGAUAUUCCUUUCUCUGGCUUCAGUUAUAUCCGAGAACAACUAAUGCACGUCAAGACCCUAGCUAAUUCCAUCAUGGAUGAUUUCAGUUCCUAUACGGAGGAGAGGUCCCUGGUAGCCAAACGGAGCAGUCAGCUGACUUGUAGUCCAGCGUUGGUUAGCAGUCAGAGCUCAUGUGAUUCUGCUCGCACGAUUGAAAACAACUCGUCGAAAAGCUCAAGUUGUUUAAAUCUGGAUGGAGAAUCGAAGUUGAAUGAACGCAAGGAGUCUUCUUCAGGUAAAGAGAAUGGUCAUCUCUUUGAUCGCACAUCUGAAUCAUACCAUGCUGUUCCUGUUCAUCAAACAGACAGAAGGGAAGAUGCAAUCGUUCAGCAAACAGAUGGUAGGGAAGAUGACAUAUUGGCCGAGAAAAGAAAAGUACAUUCACAAGUCAAUGGGUCAUUAGAAUGGCCAAACGAAAACAGCAAUGCAAAGACACACAAAUUCGAAUGCAAUCGAGAAACGGGCAAUGAAACGUCGGAGAAACGAGCAGGUUUGGGAAACCAUUCAAAAGAGAAAUCAACAAAGGAGACCGCCACAGAUAGAGGUCAAACUGUGCAAAUGUCAGAAACGCAUCAGUCGAGGCAGGUUGCAACGUUUUCACGAAACUCUCCCGGUCGGCGACAUGUCCUACCCAGAAAAAAGAGUGCUGACAAUCCCCACGGGUCGUAUUCUGGAGAAUCUUCGUGCAGUAUGGAUUGCAAUUCAUCCAUGGUAUCACGACCGAGCUCCUCAUUUUCAAAUGGAAGUGUGUCUUCGGGAAGCAGGAAGGUGACUGUUGAAUCGGAGAGUCAAGGCACAGGAAGGACCGACGUUUCUUGCCGAAUUUCAGAUCGGGGUAUCUGGGUAAACACAGCCUUUGUUAAUGCAAUUGAUGCAAAAGAUGAGGAACAAAUUAUGUCUGAUAAAAAGAACGCGGGUGAUAAUAUCGUGAAAAACAAAAUAAUGAUAAAUGUCAAGAUGUCUCCGAGGAGUCGGAAUAAACAUCAUUCACACCGUGUGCGAUCGAGAGAUAAAGAUACUCAAUCGCGGCUGGCAGCGGAAGAUAACCAGAAUGCACUUGCCAUCCUUGACCAUGAAACUAUGACGAAGAAACACCAAGACGUAAGAGUGAACGAAAUGUCCAUGCAAGUUCUCGAAGAGGUUAACCAUAUCUCUGAAACAAAGUCUUUAAAAACAGAGACUAAAGCUUUACGCACAGCAGACACACAAGUACUCAAUAAGGUGAUAGUAGGAAAGAAUUGUCGAAGGCAGGUCGAUAACUCGUCAUUCAAACAUGAAGAAUAUGAUGGACAAAAGCAUCAAAAGCUGAAAUCGUUGAACAGACUUACACCAACGAAGAAGAGUAGUUCCGAAUCACAAGGUUCAGAGGAGAGCGAAAAGACAUAUGGAGAUCGCAGUUGGGCAGCUGAUCAGAAACACACCAUGCGCGAGUGUUCAUCGGAUGGGACAGUCUCCGAACAUCAAAAGUUUCUCAGUAAAAGACAACCUUCGCUGAUAAGGAAAACUAGAGAAACCAAACCUCAAAAUUCUCCUUGUUCUUCUUGUGCAGAAAAGUCGGAUCAUCCAGGUGACUUACUUGCUGCUCCAGUCAUCUCUCGAUCAGAAAGAACGAGGACAGUUCUGAGCAUGUUAGAUGACGUUGCAGAGAACUUUUAUCUCGACACCUCUGUUCACGAUCAGAGCCCUCGUGUAUUAUCUGACUCAUCGGUUACAGAAAGCGACAGAGAUUCAGGAUCUCCAGACUACAGUUCAGAUUCUCCGCACACCCCUAGAUCCAACUCUGGCGUCUCUCUUCUCGGCUAUGUCUUGCGUAAUCUGAACUCAAAGAGAAAAAAGAGGAAAUCAAAAGGUUCAUCGUCAAGCACCCCAAAGGGUAGAAGGGGAAAGUCAAAGAAAGGAACCGUUUCAGCUUUAGAUGAAAUGCUUGUUGACCUGGAAGACGAUUACUUCAUUGAUGACGCCUUUCCUAACCUAGUUUCUGCCCGCGAUUCUUCUCCAAGUGAAGAUAACACGAGUCUGAAUGAAGUUUUACAAGAUCUUAUCGAAGAAUGGUCUUUCGAAGGCUUACAAGAGUCAUUAGAUUUCUAUCCUCAGUCUAUAGGUGACAGAAUCCGCGGAAAGCUAAACCUAUUCAUGGCCGAAAUUGGCAAGGGAAAGCGUAGAGCCGAACUAAUACUUAGGCGAGCUACUACUUUGUGA